UCUGUGGAGUUCACCCAGACUCUGUUACUCUGCAGGGCACACCUUUGGUCACCUGACUGCCGGACGUCUGUUGGCACCAUGUCGCGUCUCUACGCCCUGGCUGGGGUCCUCGUGGUCUUCGCUGGAUGCUGGUGCACGUGUGCAGCCGAUGUGGGGGAUUUUGCUCCAUGCCUGCAGUUCUUCUACAAGUCCUGGCCUCCUAAAGGUCUGGCUGGGACCCCGAUCUGCCAGCGUUACUACAACCAGUACCGCUUCGCCACGCUGUACAGCCGGCCCCGCCGCUCUCCCUGGUUCUCGGCCUAUCGGUACUCGGCCCCUGCAGGAAGGAGACCCAGCGCGUGCUGGAAGUUUGAGCCCCAGCUAGCCAACCCAGGAUCCGAGGGCAGCAUGAUCCCCUUCCCCCCGGGCCCUGUGGACCAGAACGUGGUGGACAGCCAGGCGGUGGAGCUAGACUACAUCAACUCCACCUAUUCCCGAGGCCACAUGAACCCCAGCCUCCACCACCAGAGCCACGAGGACCGCUCCGCCACCUUCACCCUCACCAACGUGGUUCCUCAGAAGGCCGGCUCCAACGACGGGCCCUGGGAAGUCCUGGAGUGGACCGUCAACAAAACCCUCGAGGCCUACUGUCUCGGAGAGGCUUACGUGGUCACCGGGGUCAUCCCGUACCGGGUCGACGAGCACUGGCUCAAGGACCAUCGCGUGGCGGUGCCUGAGUACAUGUGGUCCGCCUACUGCUGCCCGGACUACAACAGCAGUCUCCCUGAAGGACUGAAGGAAGCCUUCCCGACCUACGCCGCCGUCGGCCGCAACGACCGCAGCAGCGGCGAGGAGAUCGUCCCGGUCAGCCAGACGGCCAAGAAGCAGUUCAGAGGAUACGAUGUGAGACAAAUGUCCCUGGAGUCCCUGGAGACGUACCUGAAGGACCGGUUCAACACGGUGGUCAGUGUCUUCUACGAGGGGUGCUCUGGAUCAGACUGAUCCUGCGGACACAACUACACACGGAUCCCAUCUACACCAUCAUUAGGUCUUUGACCUGUCAAUGCUUAUUUUUAUUUAAUUAAGCCUAAGUUAAGACCUUUUCCCAUUUGUAACGUAAUCAUUCUAAAUUGCCCAAAGUGGAUUUCCUGUCCCGUGUAUGUGAAUGACAAAUAACAGGAAAUGGGCCAGGCUGUUGCCUAGCAAUGGAAUGCCAUUGAAAAGGUCUAUAAAAAUGUUUUAAAUGCCGAUUACCAACGUGAUGUGUUGAAUCUGCCAUCACUAGGAUGUAAGUGUGGUAAGGUUACGGUAAUAUUGGAAUUAAAAGAAACCCAAACGGACGUUCAGUGUGAGCAUCCAAACUAAUAUAAGUACUUUUCUUACAUCUCAUGGUUGUUGUUGCGUUAUAUCAUACAUAUAUUGUGUUAUAUAUGCAUCAUCUGCUCUGGCUCUUUCAAUGUUUUAGACACAAAUAUGGUCAUAAUAAUGGUACAUGGUGUGAAAUUGCAAAAAAUUUAAAUGUAUUAACAAUAAUUAUUAAUAAUAAUUAAUUCUUUGACGGAGGACCCCUAAACACCCCAUAAAAUACGUUUUCCUCAAUGUAAUGUAAUGC